AUUCUCAGUCUUCGUCCAAGGCCAAGCGUAACCCGUUGCCGCUCCCUCCUGGUCCUCCGGGCCUGCCUUUCCUAGGAAACACGCUCCAGAUCGACACCGACAAGGCUUUCAAGACCUUCACCGCUUGGAAGGAGCAGUAUGGCAGCAUGGUGAACUGCACUCUCAUGGGCCGGAACACCUUGAUCAUCAACGACGAAAAAAUCGCUCAUGCUCUAUUGGAUCAGCGGUCCCACAACUACUCCGAGAAACAUGAUGUUGAGCCCAUUGCAGUUCUGGGUCUUGACUUCAACACUGCAUUCAUGCCCUACACCGACAAUUGGAGGAUGCAUAGACGCUUCUAUCACCAGGCUAUGCGCGCCGAUGUCGUUGGGAAGUACGAGCCAGUGCAGCUGCGCGCAGCACACAAGCUACUCGGUCACCUACUGGCAGAACCUGAACACUUUGAGGCACAUUUCCAGACGCAUUCUGCGGCCAUUAUUUUGGCCGUUGUGUACGGAUAUGACAUGAUGUCCAGGAAAGACCAUCUUGUGCACGUCAUCGAAAAUGCGACUGAAGCCAUUGUUAACAAUGGUUCGCCUCUCGUCAUGGCGAUUGUCGCAACCUGCCCAUUCCUUCUCAAAAUGCCUUCGUGGAUUCCCGAUCGUGGGUUCAGGAAGAUGGUCGAAUUCACCAGAAAGUCUACCCAAGCGGCCGUUGAGCUUCCCUACAAGUGGACUCAGGAUCAGCUGGCUGAAGGAAGUGCUGGUGCCUCCAUGAUUCGCGACGUCUUUGAGAAUUCGGAAGAGAAGGGAAUGUCGAAAGAAUUUGAGCACAACCUCAAGAACGCCUCUGCUACCGCCUUUUCUGCUGGAUCUGAUACUUCGUUUUCCACCCUUCAGGUUUUCUUGUGGUUGAUGGUCAUGUAUCCGGAUGUUCAAAAACGUGCCCAAGCCGAGAUGGAUGCCGUAGUAGGCACCGACAGGCUGCCCGACUUCAGCGACCGCGAGUCUCUCCCUUAUCUAGAGGCAAUCCUACGCGAAACAAUGCGGUGGUGCCCCGUUGUGACCACGAGUUUGCCCCACGGCUCUAUCGAGGACGAUACCUACGAAGGAUAUUUCAUUCCUGCCGGCACCAAUGUGAUCGCAAACACAAGGGGUAUCCUUCAUGACGAAGCGCGGUACCCUGAACCGAAUGUGUUCAGGCCGGAGCGUUUCCUGCUGCCUAACGGCAAGCCCAACGAUGACACUACGUACUUGCUAGGGUUUGGCUAUGGCCGUCGCAUCUGCCCGGGUCGCCACCUGGCGGACGGCUCUGUGUGGUCUGCCAUGGCGUGCUUGAUCGCAAUGUUCAACUUCGCCAAAGCAAAAAAUGCAACGGGCGAGGAGAUUGAAGUUCACCCUACGCGCUGGACCGGUGGAAUCACAACACGCCCUGUGGACUUCCAAUGCUCGAUUUCUCCCCGUUUCCCCGGAGCCAGCGAGAAGCUCGCCCGCGCAACCGAUGCAUCUGCAUAAUGAACUAAGCUCACUCAUAUCUUCGUUUGUUAUAUAGCCAUACGCACUCGGGUUUCAUUGGCUACUUGUUAUGUGUUUGAUAGUUCUUCAUUUGUGGAUUUAUAAUUAGUACCCUGCGAUACGAUUUCCUGUUGUCUCUUCCGAUCGCGAGAGCAAGGCACAAGUCAUCACCGUACAAUCUAUUCUCUUAAUUACGGACCCACUGCGAUCUCACAAUUAUAUUCGAUACGAACCC